CUGCCAUGGAAACUAAAGCCAUGAUCUUAAAAAAAAUGUUUCAUAACACAAAAAAUUCACUCCUCUGAAAUAACGGGCUUCAACUGGAAAUGGUGUCACCAAUACGCACAAUGAUAUAGGAGUCGGACAAGCGGCCGUACUGAGACAGGAAGGCGCUGACACUAAGUGGACUACAAGCGGCAAAGACCUGCUGAGGAGAUCACAGCACGACUGUUCUGUGGAGGAAGGAAGGAAGGAAGGAAGGAAGGAAGGAGGACAGGAAACAUUACUUUUGACUUCUGCUCGACUGCGACCCCAAUCAUGUCGGACUCGGGCAUAAUGAUCAACUUGAACUAUUCUGGUAAGCAGGGCAAAGCCCCGGGAGGAAACCAAAAGAAAAAUAAGAAGAAGCGUUUUCAGAGAAAGAUGCAGUAUUUAGAGCGUAAGGGCUACGUGGAAGCCAAACAUAAAUACAACCACAGAAAGGGACGCUCCAGACAGGGCCAAUCACCACGACAACAAAACGGAGCAUCUGCAGGCCAUCCAUCACGUCCCACUUCCACACACUGUAGCCCCAAGCCUUCAGCAUCCCCACACCGUCUGCCUCCCCCCACUGUCACUGGGAACAGAGGCAGCACCAGCUGCCCCUCGGCGUCAAGCGACCACAAAGCCUCAGCCACACAAACGCCAGGAAACCCCUCAAAGUACCUCACCAUUGACUGUGAGAUGGUGGGCUCGGGACUGAAGGGGAGCAUCAGCCAGCUCGCACGCUGCAGUGUCGUGAACUACGAGGGAGACGUGGUUUACGAUAAAUUCAUCAAGCCCCCGGUGCCUGUGACCGACUACCGCUCCCGAUGGAGCGGCAUACGGCCCAGAGACCUCGUCAACGCCACGCCGUACGCUGAGGCCAGGAAGGAGAUCCUGAAGCUGCUGGCGGGGAAGGUGGUGAUUGGCCACGCCAUCCACAACGACUUUAAGGUGCUCGGUUACUCCCAUCCCGCCGCCUUGACCAGAGACACAUCUCGGAUACCUCUGCUCAACACGAGGGCCGGCUUCGCCGAGCACGAGUGUGCCUCCCUCAAGAGACUCAGCAAGGCCAUCCUCAACCGUGACAUCCAGGCUGGGAAGAGGGGUCACUCGUCUGUGGAGGAUGCCCGGGCCACAAUGGAGCUUUACAAGGUGGUGGAGGUGGAGUGGGAGGGGCAGCUGGCCUCGGGGUCGCAGGCCCGGAUGUGAAGAGACAACACAGAAAUAAAUGAUUUUGAACUGA